ACCGAAAGGGAAUUUGUCGGAGACACACGUCACACGUCUUCCCUUCCCUUCCCGCUCCAGCUAUCCAGUAAAACUUUAUCGACGUUUGGGCCAGCUGUUGCGUAGGGAAUACUUCAAAAAACUCGUGAUGGCUAAUGUUGACAGUAUCUUAAACUUUGAUCCUAAAACUGAAGACGACUUCUAUGCCAUCCUUGGCUGCGAUGAGAACUCAACUCCCGAGCAAAUAAAUGCUGAGUACAAGGUACGCGCACUCCUGCUGCACCCGGAUAAAAAUGCUGGAGACAAAGAAGCAGAAGCAAAAUUUCAAAAGCUGCAGAUGGCUAAGGAGACGCUUCUUGACCAUGAAAAGAGAAGUAAUUAUGACAAGUGGCGUCACUGCGGAAUGUCUGUGAGCUACCAGCAGUGGCUUGGAGUCAAAGAACAUGUUCAUCAGUCGAUGCACUGGUCUACUUUGAAAACAAAGGACCGAAUGCUGCCAGGAAAUUCUUCUGAGGCGAGUGGUGCAAAACCUGCUGAUUUGCCUCCAGCUGCAUUGCGUCGUGCCUCUGAGGGAGGUGCAAAUAUUCAGUGGGGUCCAAAAGGUACUCUCCCAUGGAACUCGAAACCUCCAAGUGAUGUUGUGAGCAAGUUCCGUAACUAUGAAAUUUAAUCUGCAGCUUCAUAUCAUACUUUCCAUUGACUUGCAAUACCCUACUCUUUUUUUUUUUUUAAAUUGAUGUUUCUUGCUUAUGUAUUGAUUGUUAUUGAUUUUUAACAAUUUCUCAUAAUGGACUUAAAUUGAUCCUCCAAGUUGUGGCAGGAACAUCGUAAAAUGAAUGAAAGAUAUCCAAAAAGAUGUACAGCAUUUGGAAGUGUUGAGUGACAAUUCCAGACUUGUGCAAUGAAUUUAGUUGUAAAUUUUAAUGAUAAGAGCUUUCGCUUUGUUGAAAGUGACUAGUACCUGCUAUUUUAGAGUAUUGUGUGAUUUUUAUUUAAGUUUUCCUCUUCCUACUAGCACUGUUUUCAUUCCCAUGUCCUGUGAUACACUCUGACCCCUAUCCCCACUAAUCAUAUUUUAAUUAUAAUAUACAACUCUAUUUUCUGUGAUAAGGAGUAUUUUUUCUUCAUUAAUUUGCUCAUUUAUAUUUUUACCUCAAUCUUUCUCAGCUCAGUCAAGGUUUGAUAAUGCACUUCCCCUCUCGAGUACCUGGUAGUCAUUCUUGAGUCUGUGUGUUUUAGAUGCCAAAUUGAGAAAAUGUGAUCAAGCAUAUCGAUGGACUAAUAAAACAUUGUAGUGUGAAACAGUCAAACUUGAAAUGUAUGAACAUUGCUUUCAGAUGUUUGGCUGACAACAGAGGAAAUGUCAAUAAAUAGAGAGCAACA